AAAUGGGUCGAACUUAAAUCUACAGUAACCGGUCCAUUUCACCCACUCGUGAGAUGACUUCCACCUUCUCCUAUCUGCCGCCGUGCAACGCCGCCGUCGUCUCCUCGUCAUCUCUUAGAUACUAUCUCAAGCCAAAGUUUCCGGCGCUAUCGUCACCUUCGACCGUCCCAUUUCGCUCUAAAACUGCCAUCAGUUGUUCUCCCUCCGCUCAUGCCGAUGCUUCUGUUCAGACUGAUUUCUGCUUUCUGAAGAAGAGGGAAUUUGUCUUUUCUGCCGCGCUGCCAUUUCUUCUUAUUUUGCAUGAAUCCGUGGAAGGCUUUAGAGCUGGGGCGGCAGAAAGAUUGGAUAGAAGUGAAGAUGAACGGAUAAGAGAAGAAGUUAGAAAGGUAGUAACCAAAGGCAGGGCUCCUGGUCUGCUUCGUCUGGUGUUUCACGAUGCUGGAACCUUUGAAAUGAACGAUAAUUCAGGUGGUAUGAAUGGGUCUAUCAUUCACGAACUUAAUAGACCUGAAAACAAAGGUCUCAAGAAGUCGGUUAAGAUUCUUGAAGAAGCAAAGAGUAAACUGGAUUUAAUAAGACCAGUAUCUUGGGCAGACUUAAUAGCAGUGGCUGGCGCUGAAGCAGUUUCAAUAUGUGGAGGUCCAAUUAUUGCUGUUGAGUUGGGUAGAUUAGACUUGGGGAAGCCAGAUCCUGAAGGUAAACUUCCUGAAGAAUCCUUGGAUGCUGUUGGACUGAAGCAAAUCUUCAGCAAAAAAGGAUUCGCAACACGAGAACUAGUUGCUCUAUCGGGAGCCCAUACUAUUGGUGGUAAAGGUUUUGGAAGCCCUAUUGUUUUUGAUAAUGCAUAUUUCAAAAUCCUUUUGGAGAAGCCAUGGUCAUCUAAGGGUGGUAUGUCCAGUAUGAUAGGGCUGCCUUCUGAUCGUGCUCUUGCUGAUGAUGAUGAAUGCUUGAGAUGGAUCAAAGAGUACGCCAACAAUCAGACUGUGUUCUUCGAAGAUUUCCAGAAUGCUUAUAUCAAGCUAGUGAAUUCUGGUGCGAAGUGGAAAAGCUAGCAAACACCUAUACAAUUAUACACACUGGAAAUCAAGGUUUAACUGCUUUAUAUAAUUGGCUAUUGCAUUGGCUUCGACGAUGACUUAGACACUUGUUAUCUGCUUACCACGAUCCGUCGCUGGUGGGAUGUAACUGCGAGACAAAGCAAGAGUUGCGAUGAAGAUCUCUUGAAGUGCCUUCUGCCCUCAUCAACAUCCAAGUACCCUCUGAAGCUUUAUCUUUUGUUGGCCCAAAUUUUGGCCUUGAAGCAUUUUAUAUCUUAUCAUGAAGACAAUAUUAUUAUAAUCUCCCGCAAUUCAUUGAAGUUUCAAAUGAUUGAAGAUAUAAUA